AGAGGGUGACGCUGUGGGUUCAGAAGGCCCCCCAGCCUCUCUCAUAAAAAAGCUUUCUUGACCUGUGGAGGGCAGAUCCGGCGGCUGCCGGGCUCUCAUCCCCGAAGCCACGCCUUCCUCAUGCUCCUCCUUUCAGAUCCCUCUUGUCUGUGUGGCGGCUCUCCGGAGCGUUUGAAACCAAAUAUGGGCCUCCUUUCAGCUCUGACUCAGGGCCUGGUCCGAGGGGCAGACAGAAUGAGCAAGUGGACAAGCAAGCGUGGCCCCCGGACCUUCUACAAAGGUCGUGGGGCCAAAUUCACCGGCUUUUCUAAAAGUGGGAAGUUUGUGAUGGUGAAGGAAAUGGUCCCUGAGUUUGUUGUUCCGGAUUUGACGGGUUUCAAACUCAAGCCUUAUGUGUCCUAUCGAGUUCCGGCAGGCACAGAUGAACCACUGACAGCUAAGCAGCUCUUUAUGGAAGCCGUAGCACCUUCGAUUGAAAAGGACUUUAAAGAAGGAACUUUUGACCCUAACAACUUGGAAAAGUAUGGCUUUGAGCCCACUCAAGAAGGCAAGCUUUUCCAGCUGUAUCCUAAAAAUUAUGUGCAAUAAAAAUAAAUAUUUGACCACUAACCAUUCA